AACCCCCGACUACCCACCUCUGAUACCCAGCGUCAGCGACCGCCUCAGCCUUUAUUCACAGCCCGCUCAUCCACGCAAACAAGUACGGCACCGCCCCCCCCGAUCGCCUUUCGAGCCCGGACAAUCACUCUGACAACUAUCGCUAGAUCGCAAAGAUGGAAUCCUCCAAGACCCCUGUCAAGCUCGUCAAGGUCACCCGCGUCCUCGGCCGUACCGGCUCCCGCGGUGGUGUUACCCAGGUUCGCGUUGAGUUCAUGGACGACCAGACCAGAAGCAUCAUCCGUAACGUCAAGGGCCCAGUCCGUGAGGAUGACAUCCUGUGCCUGCUCGAGUCUGAGCGUGAGGCUCGCAGACUGAGAUAAGCAGUUGACGACGACGAAGAACGAAGAAAUGUUUCGCAGUUGGGAUUGAUCAUAUCGCUUGGGAUCAUGGGGCGCAUAAUCAUCGGACCUCAGUUCUAGGGUUACGGGAUGCUGGAACAUGGCGACACAGAAUCGACCACUCCGCACGCGCGGCGCGUCCAAAAGCCCCUUUUGUGAAAUACAUGGGAGUCACCGGACUAUGGGAACUUUGCAUUGUGAAAAGAAUUGAAGAAUAAAAAAUAUUCACACCCCAA